UAAGGUAAAAAAUAAUUGCAGAAGUGGAACUUUGAAAGAAUUGAUUAUCAGGGGGGGCCCUGUUAUUGGUUGAGCGAGUGUCGACAGCAUGGCGUACUUCUAACAAUAUGGCGUGCGUCGAGCGUACAAAAAAUCCAGAAAUGCGUGCAUAAGUGACACAAGGCUCUGUACCUAAUUCAAAUUUUUUACCCCCCUUUGGAGCGAAAUUUCCCAAACUGGGCGAUUUAUAUUUUGCAAAUGGAUAUCGGAGAACUGUUAUCUUAUAAGCCUCCAAACACACCGAAGCGACCGGCAGCGGGUGAGGAGGACGACGAGGAUGAAUGGGAGAGCGUGAAGAAGCCGAAGAGGGUGAUAAAGACGCCGUAUCAUGCGCGCCAGCGGCAGCCCAAGGAGCUGGACGUGGUGCCGUCCAGGAACGAUGAACCCGCCACGCCUGUCAGAGCCGCUGUGCCUUCGUCGGCCAACGACGUGGUGGAGCCGCAGUUAACGGAGAAGGAGAAGCAGGACAUACUCAAGUAUGUGGAAACCGAGGCGCCCGAGGUCGAAGCGUUGGACGAAGCUACGCUCAAACGUAUGAUCCUUCUGUUUGAGAAGAGAGCACUGAGGAAUCAGGAGAUGAGAGUCAAAUUCCCGGAUCAGCCGGAGAAAUUUAUGGAAUCCGAGGUUGAACUGCACGAGACUCUGCAGGAGCUUCAUAUUGUGGCGACCAAUCCAGAUCUGUAUCAGUUAAUGGUAGAGCUAAGCGCUGUGCCUUCUUUACUGGAGUUGUUAUCUCACGAAAAUACCGAUGUAGCAGUCGGCGUGGUGGACCUUCUGCAGGAACUGACUGACGUAGAUAUAUUGCACGAAAGUCAAGAGGGCGCGGAUACGCUUAUUGACGCUUUGCUGGAGCAGCAAGUUUGCGCUCUCCUAGUGCAAAACCUCGAGAGACUUGAUGAAGCGGUGAAGGAAGAGAGCGACGGUGUUUAUAACACACUUGCGAUUUUUGAAAACCUUCUGGAAUUUAGGCCGAAUCUGUGUGCGGAUGCGGGAAAGCAGGGUCUGAUGCAGUGGUUGUUGCGUCGAGUUAAAAUGAAGACACCUUUUGACGCGAACAAACUUUACGCCAGUGAACUUCUGUCUAUACUUUUGCAAGACACACCAGAGAAUAGACUUCUUUUAGGUGACUUGGAUGGAAUUGAUGUUUUGCUACAGCAAUUAGCUUAUUAUAAGAGACACGAUCCACAAACUGUAGAGGAACAAGAAAUGAUGGAGAAUUUGUUUAACGUUUUGUGCUCGAGCUUGAUGGCCACUGUAAACCGCGAUCGGUUUCUGCGUGGCGAAGGCCUUCAACUUAUGAACUUGAUGUUACGAGAAAAAAAGAUGUCACGGAAUGGAUCUCUCAAAGUUUUAGAUCACGCUAUGAAUGGCCCGGAUGGGAAAGAUAAUUGUAGUAAGUUUGUAGAUAUUCUUGGACUGCGAACUAUAUUUCCUCUGUUUAUGAAAACCCCGACGAAAAAUAGAAAAAAAAUGCUUACUGCGGAAGAACACGAAGAACACGUCAUCUCAAUUAUAGCAAGUAUGUUAAAGAACUGCAAAGGUCAACAACGUCAAAGAUUACUCAGCAAGUUUACGGAGAACGACUAUGAGAAAGUGGAUAGAUUAAUGGAAUUACAUUUCAAAUAUCUCGAAAAAGUGGAAGAAGUGGAAAAGAAUGGGAAGGAGGAUGAAGACGAGGAAGAGUCUUACUUGAGAAGAUUAGAUGGCGGCUUAUUUAUAUUGCAGUUGGUAGAUUAUGUACUUUUGGAAGCUUGCACUGGUUGUCCGCCUGCGGUCAAACAACGAGUGACAAGAAUCUUGGCGCAGAGGAGAGCAUCCCUUAAAACAAUUCGACACAUUAUGAGAGAAUACGCCGGCAACUUAGGAGAUGCCGGUGACACGGAAUGGAAAGAAGCGGAACAGCAACAUAUCUUGCAAUUAAUUGAUAAAUUUUGAUAUGUAUUGUUAAGAUAUAUUGUUGUACAACGUAAGAUAAACCUGAUAACUAUAUUAUUACAUAAUGUACAACACAUGUAAUGAAUAUGUGCAUUACACAAACAUCUAAGUACCCCAAAACUGUGCUAUUGAUUAAAGACUGUUUAAGAAAGACAAAAUCGUGAAUUAAUUUUAUACUCGUGUGUCUACUAUGUAUAAUAAUAUUCCAAAAGAUACGGUGUGUAAUCAAUAUGCAAAAAUAAACUCGUUUUAGGAU